AUGCCUUAUAACACCACUGCUAUUCCUCCUCGAAAGGAGCCUACAGGCCAGAAUCAGCUCCCACAAGAGUCACAUACCCAAGCCAAGCUAGACCGCAAACCUCGUCGAAACAUCCAAUACAAGGAUGUUGCAAGCGCUGUUGCACACCAUGACAACCUCGAGUUUCUUGAAGACGUGGUACCAAAGACUGUUCCCUACAAGAACAUCAAGGCCAAGGCCAAGGCCACGCAGGCACGUCUCCAAGGUGACAAUACCAACCAGAAGCUUGAGUUUCCUCUGGCAAACGGCGUUGGCAAGCCUCUUGUGAACGGCAACUCCGUGGAUCAUCAUGAUAGGCAAGAUGACCCGAACACGCAGCUUGAGUUGGAGUUCAGACAGGCUUCUGGUGCGAACCGAGAUGGGGAUGUAGCAAUGACUGGUUAG